AUGACGAGCCUGGCGGCGUCGUCCCCUCCGCAGUCGCCUUCACUCUACACGAUGAGCCCCACCCACUCCCACCACGACGCCGACGGGGUUUCCAUCAUCGGAUCCUCCCCUGGCGCAUCCCCUUUGCACCCCAACUACCACCACCACCGCUACGCUAGCUCCCCUAUCCAACAUUUCCGCGAUUCCUCCGCCUCCCUCAAGUACGCCUCCUCUUGGCGCAAGAUCCACAACCACCAUCAGCACGCACACUAUCACCACGGCGCCGCCUCCUCCGAUUGCUCCGAGUCAGAUGACGACGACGACGACGAUGACGGAGACGGCGGCGUCGGCGGAGGCGGAGACCCCGUACCGGUUCACUGCUACGCGGCCUGGUUCGCCCUGGGAUCCAUCCUCCUCUUUACCCUCUUCUCCCUCGGACUCUGGGGCGCCAGCAAGUCCUACAAGCCCGCGGUUUUCGUCAAGGUCCGAACCAGCCCGAGGCGUGGUGUUCCAGAGCUACCAUCUCCAAGCGGGAACGGACGUCACCGGGGUGUCCACCAAGAUGCUCUCCAUCAACUCGACGGUCAGCAUUGCGUUUCGUAA